UGUUCCUGUUGAUGAGAUUUUUAAUUUUAAUUAAAAAUUAAUUAUAAUAUUCGAAUAUUAUAUUGUCUUUUACGUAUUCUUCAUUGUAUUUCUUGUAGAAUGCAAUUUUUUGUUGCUCAAUAAUAUACUUUGGGUUAAAUGCCUUGUGAGCAGUUGGAAAUCUGAUAAGAUUUUUUCGAUUUUGACUUUGACUGAUGUGAUAUCAAUAUUCUUUUGAAAAACGUCCAAGUUCCAAAUGUUUGUUCAACAACGUCACUUCUGUUAAAGUUUUACAUUUUCUUCAAAUUGAAUUCGAAAGUGUCUAUAGACUAGUAUCAUCACAGCUGUUUUUUCUUUAUAUUUGCCAUUUGGUAAUGUUCGGAUCGGAAACGAAGUUGUCUAACAAAUUAUGAAACAGAUUAAAAUUCAAAAGAAACAGGACUAACACGAGUUUUAUCAUUAAAAUACGUGCAAUAUUCGUAUGAAAUAAUAUGAUUAUGAAAAAGAAAGAUUUGAACAAAAAGGAAACAGGAGUUUCAUCUUUGAUAAGGAGAAUAUUUCAUUUUCAUGGAAACAAGUCAAAGGAGCGUAGCCGAAAGCACUCGACAGCACACGAUGCCGAAAAGUAUCCUUAGUCUCUAGUAAUUAGUUGAUCAGUGAUCACCAGAAUCUAGAAGAUUUGGCAACGUUGAUUUUGAUCACAACAAAACGUUAUCAGUUAUCAAUCAAAUUUCAGUCAGAAAUGUGAUAACGUCGGUCCGGCUUCUAAUUAUUCAGUGAGAAUAAGAGGAAAAUUUGAAAAUUAUCAAGUUUUGUAGUGAAAAUUACCAGAAGAAGGGGAAAACAUCACUUGAAAACGUCCAAGGCAGGUAUGGUAAGCAUAAUUUUUGAUUGUCUACUCAAAUCGAUGGUAAUCAGAUCUAGAAAUGGCUGAGAACUCGACUGAUGUGUACGACUGUGUUUUUCCGAGUCCGCCAGCUUUACAACAACUCGCAGCCAUCGCAGUAGCAGUGAAAGUAUGGCGUGAACAAGUCUGUGAGCAUCGCUUAAAUAAUACCUUGGACAAAUUCGGGGGAAAGUCGAAAGUUUCCCUGGAUAGCGUUCGUCCUCAUCUACCAUCAACACUUCUUCCCAUCAUUGAGAGUUAUACUACGUACAUACAGGGUUCAUUAUUCAGAUACGAUGACGAAUUUCGUCGGCCGUGGCUCUUGGACAUUCUGAGUACAUUUGACGAUAUUGUUUGUGAUGUUGAUGGCACUAUCAAUUAUGAUCUUACUGCGAGACGAGCAUUACUCUGCGAAGAAAUCAGUGACGUUGAUAAAUUUGAAAUUGCUUGUAGGUAUUGUCUAGAGGAUGAUAUAAUGCGAUUGUGGCCUUCUGUGUCGAAUUCAGAAUCCCUGAAAUUGAGUGAUGAUAAUUUUUCAGAUCGAAAUUUUCAUAAAAAUUCUUUAUUGUAUUACUGGAUUUGCCGUCUUAGAAACGAGUUGCAUAGAAUUUCCAGAAUUCCCAUUUUUUUCGGCGAAUAUGAGACUAUCGAUGAACAUUUAAUUGAAAUUCUUCGCCCUGAUAAUUGGUCGUCUAUAAGGUACUUUUGGUAUAAUUUAAAAAAGGUUGAAAGUCGAGUACCUAAUGCGCGGUACCUACAUUGGCGUCAAAGUAUUAUAUUUUGUAGGUAUAUACUUGCUAAGUUGAGCGAGGAAGAACUAAAUACUUUGAUCGGCGAUAUGAAUGAAUAUGAAGGAUUCGUGUGUUCUAUAUUUAUGAGAUGGUGCAACUAUUGUGCAUACUAUGAAAUGAAUAUGGCAAGAUCCUGCUUUUUAACAAUGUGGCAUCUUGUUGGACAUAAAAUAAACAACGAGGAAUUUAAUCGUAUUGUUCAGGAGAUUUUUCAUAUGCAGAAUUACUCGAAGUCUUAUGAUCCGGGUGACAUGCCGAACGUCGAGUCUUUCUCUCGCGAGUUCUGGAAUCAUACUUCAGAUCAUUUGAAACGGUGGAUGUUUCAAGUUGGUUUACUUGAUCGAUCUUUUUUCGAGAUCGAUAACUUUCCUUGUGCUAAGGUUAGAAAUAAUUGGCUUUUAUUCGCCAUUUUGGAGGAUGCUCCGUUUGAAGCCAAGAGUUCGUUUUGGUCUGCAAAUUGGCGCACCAUACUAGUUGCCACAACACCAACUGAUUUGCAACGAAUAAUGAAUUUAUGCUUGAAGAACGAAAGCGACGUUAAUCUUUUCAAAAACAAUAAUUUAUCUAAAUACGAAAAUAUCAGGGUGAAUUGCUCAAUGCUUAUGGAACAGUCACGUUGGAAAGAGUUGGAGGAAUUUUUGAAUUUUUGUUGCUCGGAAAAAGAAACCAAUUUAGCUUUGCGGAUGAAAUGUUUAAACGGACAUUUAAAUUUGCUCCAAAAUUCGUCUGAUCUUUUUUGCGAAAAAAUCCUCAAGAAUAUUCUUCCAUUUAGUACGUUCGUCGAUGAUACUUAUUGUAACGAUCUCACUCUGGCCGCUGAUUUUAAAAAUCGCUUUCUUUUGUCACCUCGAACGAUGCGUAAUUUGAGCCAAUGUGUAGUAUGGAAUAAACUCGAGAAAGUAAUGGAAUUUGUCGAUACAUUCGUGAUGUCUGAGCAAGCGGCUGUUGAUUUCAAAGAGAAUCAUUUUCUUCCAACUUUUGUCAAUUUCCUUGUAACAGAAACGAUUUAUCGUUUUAAAUUCGAGUGUGACGCUUUUGAAAGGUUUAUGAGUUGGUGUUUAGGUAGUGACGAUAAAAUUGAAAAUUUUAAAUUGACUGUACCUGUUGAGGACAUCAUACGACGUGUUACUCAAUACACAGAUGCUCGCCUUCGUCACGCUGAAGAUAUGUCAGUUGAAUCUUCUGAAGUGCGCGACGCAAGACGGUUAUAUUCUAAUCUGCAUAAAUUUUUGCAAUGGGGUUUCUCCUCUCCUGAGGAAGUUGCAGAGUUUGAAAAAAAAUUCAGUGGGUUCGAAAAAUAUGUUUCUAAAGAAUGAGAUAUUUUACGUAUUAUUAUUUCUACCAAAAGACUGCUGUUCAUUUUUUAUUUACCCCUACCUAUUUUUAAAUUUUGUAAUGGAUUUUUAUAAAUAAGUAUACGUAUUUUAUUGUAUCGAUUUAUGAAAUGAAAUGUUACCUUGUAAGUACGUAUUUCAAUAUUACAUGUGUUUUUAAUGCAAA